AUGGUGGAUGUAUUUUGUACUAAGUACUUCCACGGAGAGGAAACAGUAAUGCUCGCAACCCUACAAGUGACCAAGCAAAGGAAUGGCGAUGAUUUGAUAGAAUACAUCAAGCGGUUCAUGGACAUAGCACUUGACUGCUACGACCAUUGUGAAGAAAGGACCUUAGUAGAAAUGUGCAUGACUAACAUGAUUCAGGAAUUCAGAGCUGUCCUGGAAAAUCUAGAAAUUUCCCGAUUUGCACAGCUAUUGCAGAAAGCUAGGAAGAUGGCUCAGUCUGUAAAACCUAGUUCAGACAGAAGAAACGCCUCGCAGGCUAUGACGGAGUCCACUAGAGAGUGGAGAAGGAAAACAGAAAGGAGGGAGUAUGAUACGCCCCCACCCAUACCAUGUACUCCUAAGGAGCUGGAUGUGCUGCUAGACAAAUGGAUAUCGGACGGGAUCUUUAAACCCAACAAGGUUUCCAGAGAGCCUGUGGAGGAAGAAAGAAGAGAUCCUCGCUUCUGCCGCCUGCACAACUAUGUACAACAUCCCACCGUAGAAUGCUGGGCACUUCAUAGGUUGGUGCAUCGUAGAAUUAAAGAAGACCCAGGAGAGGAUGAGGAAGAGAACUUGGCCCUGCCUGCCGCGACGAUUACCACUCUACAGCAAAUUGCCAAGUUCAAAAAUUUGUUUGACCAAUUGGGACUCAUAGCAAAGGAAAGAAAGAUAGCCACGAAGGCUUUGGUGAGUAUCGCCUCCGGGGCAGGGGUAGAGUGCUUGUCAACAGAAAUUCUAGAAGACAGAGCCCUCCUACAGGAAUUGACAGAGAUCACGUUCAGCAAUGAGGAUAUGAAGGUGGGACACCCGGAUCACAAGAGGCUUCUCCAUUUAGCAGUGUCCAUAAAUCAAAUCCCCAUCAAGAGGGUCUUGGUAGAUACAGGUGCUUUCGUAAACCUCAUUCCGUUGAGCACCUUGCAAGCAGCAAGAAUUUCAGAAAGAAAGAUCCAAGGAUGCCCGAUGGAAGUAACGGGGUUCGGCAGAAGAGGCAAGUACACCGUAGGCCACAUUCAGUUGUGGUUGAAAGUAGGACUUAUAGCUUAUUUAGCUCGUUUCCAUGUGGUCAGAACGGAAGUAUCCUAUCAUGUGCUCUCAGGAAGGCCCUGGCUACACAAACACCGACUGGUCCCAUCCACCAACCACCAAUAUGUGAAAGGAAGAUUGAAUGGCAGGAUGAUACGUAUAGCUGCAAACCCCUUGCCAUUAGAGCAAGCAGAAGCUCACUUAGUGGAAACCAUGUUUUACGACCAAUGGGCUCCAUCUGGGGAAAACUCGGUUUCAAAGCCGCGAGGUACCUUCGUGCCUAGGUGGGAAGAUGUCCAAGGUGACCCAAAACCCGAUCUAAGGGAGCUACUGGCGGGAAAGAAGAAAAGAAAAGAAGCGCCUGCCGUAGAGCCAGACGACACACCCAGUGCAUCAGGGUCUGAGACCCUAAUGGCAGGAUUGUGUAUAAGUUAUGAAGGUGCAUAG